AUGGUUCCAAGUUACUACCCCGGCAAUUUUCCAUCUACGAAUCUCGACGAUUCCAAAUCUCUCGUAGCAUCCAAUGAGUAUCAUCUGUUGCUACAUUCUCGUCAACCUUUUGUCCGUUACGAACACGGUCGUCGUUUUUCAAACACUCGUAUUCCAAAUCGAGGUCACGUGGAUCGACUUCCUGGUGUAGCUACUCUCCUCCAACGCCUUGGUACAAUUCAAAAGAGUGAUUCGUUUGUAUCUAUGAAUAACCCGAGCUACGAAUUGCAGCAUCGAGUAGGUAAGACCGAGAAUACUUUUGAAUGCUGGACACCACCAAGUUUAACAGGACGACCUAGUACUAUCACGCUUCCAGCUUUUAAGUUAGCACCUUUCACAACAGCUCUCACUACAACGGAAAAUAGGUUUCACGGAUGGAAUAGGAAUCUCAACAACUUUGUUUUGAAAACUCCGAAUGAAAUGAUGGAAAGCUGGAAACCAGAAGAGCAAGUCACGACAUCACGUCCAGUCAUUUGGGCAUCUGAACCUGUUUGUCGUGUCCGACGUGACUCAAAGUCAAAGAAUUCACGAUAUCUACGUGAAAUUGACCGUCGACGUAUCUUAAUACGGAUUGCUCAAGGUGAAAAACAAUCAGCAUUGGCCAAGGAAUAUCACGUUAGUCGUGCAGCUAUUUGUAAUCUCAACAAACAUCGUGCUCAAGUGCUUUCACGCAAUCAUGAACAUCCUUUGGCAAAACAUCCGAAGCGGAGAAUGUUGACAAAGUUGAAAAGGUAA